GUCAGCUGCGCAGGGGCCCAGUCCACUGGUAUGGGGGUGAUGUCCACCACCUUCCCCGUGUCCAGCCCUGGCCCUGCCCACGUGCGCCCACCCAUCCGCAGCCCCAGGGAAGCAAACUGGACCUAGGAGGAGCUGCAUGCUUUUGUGGCAGUCUGGGGUGGGGACGAUGUCUAGAGGCAGUUCAUCCAGAGCAGGCGCCGUAACACCCACGUUUACAAAGUCCUAGCAGCUGGGAUGUGGACGCAGGGCAACUCCUGGUCAGCGUGGCAGCGCUGUGUGAAGGCCAAGGCCCUGUGGUUCCAGUGGGUGGUUGUGACCGGCCUCAAUCGCAAGUCCAGUGGAGGCCCCCAGGACCCUGCAUUUUGGCGCCCUGGGGGGCCACGCCCACAUCCCACCCUGAUACCUCUGGUGACUAGUCACCAGGGAAGGAGAUCUUGGGCCUCCAGUGCCCUGCCCUGCACUCCUCCCUCGCUGCUGUGCCCACUGGCAGCCCAGGAAGCCCUCGCCAGUGACAGCCUCAGCCCCACCCCACAGCCGUCCAUGAGGAGCGGCCAGUCACACCACCACCAGCUGCCAGCAGCACCAGUUCCUCCCUGGGGCCACCGCAGGCCACAGACACCGGGUAGAGCCAGACCCCACCUGGCAUGGGGAGCCCUGCAGCGAACCGCCAGCCUUGGACCCAUGGGCCAACAAAUGGACAUGGGGAAGAGGCUGCAGGGACCCACAGGACUGCCGACAGUGGGUUGCUGCCACCCGCCACUUGGAGGCACUGGCGAUGCCAUCACCACAUCCUGGACUGGACCUGCCUGCUGGUGGUGGAGGCCAUGGAGGGUUGGGUGGUGGACUAGCAGGGAUAGUAGCCAGGGACCCUUGCCCAAGAGUCAGCACAGCUCCAGGCAUGCACAGAGCACGGGGCUGAGCUGGUGGCCCUGGAUCAGUAGCAUGUGCCACUGCUGGAGCAGUAGCUUGCUGCCUAGGGCUGCCCAGCAGAGGCUGCGCCUAUGCCCCCUAGCACCUGGCCCCCGGCCCCAACCCUGCAGGGCCCCUGGGUCCUGCCUACCACCCAGCAGCAGGCCCCCAGCAACACCCUCGAGGAGCUGGUGCAGCGCUUGCUGGCCGCAGUCAUCCCCAAGCUCUGCCCCCGACCUGCAGUAGCACUUCCUGUGGUUGGGGUGCUGGCUACCUGCUGCCGGGUUCUCUGACCUGGGCAGUCCCCACCCCUGAGCCCCUCUGAGGUGGACUUGAACUGAGUUUGAAGUUUGACAAAUGGUUUUUUUAUUGUUGGUGGGUGGUGGAGGGGCACUGUGUAUCUGUGUGUGGGAGGGAAGGGGGCUGUGCUUGUUGACAGGGGACGGAUGAGGUGUUUUUGUCCUGUUAAUAAAGUUUGUACUGUUUCACCUACAUCUGUAUCCUGGAGUGGUGCUGGUGUAGGGCAGGGGGUGUGGGCAGGUGGGCCGGAGCGGGGAGUGCAGGAGGCAGGGGGUUGGCCAGAGCCUCCCACAGCUGGUGCCCUGGGCCUGGCUGGCAGGUGCAUGGCUGCUCUGCGG